UGCCUGCUUUAAAAAUAUAUUUACAUCUUUAAGUAACCAAGAAAAACUGUCAGAACCACGGUCGUUUAGUAACGUCAACGAGAGAAAAAAGUGGGCGUAUGUGUCUAGUUGUAAGCACUUUUUUUUGUAUGUUAAAAGACCCCCGCGAAUGUUGUUAAACAGAACCAGACACACUACAGGCUUUAUUCGCGGGUGAACCUGCGGGUUCAGGUCACUUUGAUUUCUCCAAGGAAGAGGAAUAUCAAAAAGAGAUCAGCGGGACUAUCAAAGAUGGCAUUUACGGCCGUUUGGAACUACUGCGUUCCCCUGUCUGUCAUCACUUUGCUAUCUCUUGUGGGGACAGCGCGUUGCCAGGCGGUGCAGGCUGAGAAUGUGACAGUGUUGGAGGGAGGCACGGCCCAGAUCUCCUGUCGUCUGCAGAACUAUGACGGCUCCAUCGUGGUCAUCCAGAACCCUCGCAGACAGACCCUCUUCUUCAACGGCACACGAGCGUUGAAGGACGACCGUUUCCAGAUGGUUCUCUUCACUCCCCGCCUGGUGCGCAUCACCCUCACCAACGUGAGCGUGACAGACGAGGGCGGCUACUUCUGCCAGCUCUACACUGACGACACCCACCACCAAGUGGCCACGCUGUCCGUGUCCGUCCCUCCCGACACCCCCACGGUGGAGGUGAGGCAGGAGGCCGUGGAGGGGGGUGAGGUGGAGCUCACCUGCCUGUCGCCGCGUAGCAAGCCCCCCGCCACGCUGCGCUGGAUCAGGGACCGCCGGGAGAUACCAGGUGUGGUGUCCCAGCAGGAAAAUGGGAAGACAGUGAGCGUGUCCAGCACCAUCCGUCUCCCUGUGGAGAGGAGAGACAACGGGGCAGUGGUCAGCUGUGAGGCAUUCCACCCCGCCCUGGGGGGGCAGAAGAGGGUCCGCCACUACCGCCUCGACGUCCACUUUGCCCCCACAGUGAGGAUCAUCCCUCCCCCUGGCAUCCUCCGAGAGGGAGACUCUCUCAGCCUCACCUGCUCCAUCACUGGCAACCCACUGCCUAGGGAUGUCCAGUGGACUAGGAUUAAUGACACCUUACCUGAGAGGGCGGAGAUCUCUGGCCCCACCCUCCAGGUGUCCCGUCUCAGCCAAUCACACAACGGGACCUACCUGUGUCAGGCGCAGAAUAACUACGGCCGUGCCGCUGACCACUACACGCUGCUGGUGUACGACCCCGGUGCAGUGAUUGAGACCCACAGUGCAGUACCGUACGCUGUGAUAGGGGGCGUCCUGGCUCUGCUGGUCUUCACCAUCAUCUGUGUUCUCAUCAUCACCAUCUGGUGCUCUGUCCGACAGAAAGGUUCAUAUCUUACCCAUGAGGCCAGUGGGCUGGACGAGCACGGGGAGGUCCAGGAGGCUUUCCUCAAUGGGAAUGAUGCCAGUCAGGGCAAGAAGGAGUACCUACUGUAGCCUCCAUCCCCAAAACCCACACCCCUCCCCCAACACGCCAUGACGGGUGGCCUUCUGAAUCUACUGUAAUACUACUGCACACAGUCCACAUCACAGACCACAACACAGACCACAACACAGACCACAACACAGACCACAACACAGACCACAACAAAGACUGAAAGAGAGACGAUCCGUCCAGCCCUUACAUUACAACUGUGCCAUACUGUAGAUGUACUGGAGGAAGGAGUGAGGGAGGAUGGCAGAGAUAGGGGAAAGUGAUAAUAGGGUCAUUAUUUUGAUAGAGAGAAGAGAUAACAAGAAAGAAAGCCUCAGCACUUUCCUUCCCUGUGGUAAUUGGAGAGGGAGGGAGAGAGAGAGAGGAAAGAGAAGAAACGUGGUGUGGGGUCGGUAUGGUUUCCAGAAGCUAUUGAGUUUGAAUGUUCAAUUUGAUUACUUGAAAUUGCCAAAGCACAUCAGCCAACAGAGAGCAACUCAUCUAUAAUUAUUUGACAACAUUGCAGAGUGAAAGUCUCAUAAAGUAUUUCUGAACUGUUCAGUCAAUUCUGCAGACAACCCAGGUAUUGUAUUUGCCGUCCGUUCUGGGGAGUCUGCCAAUGUUUUCUGGGUAAUUUAGAAACCUUCCUGUUAUGAAUGACUGCUUUCCUCGCAGAACAGAACUGUUGUUUCUCUUUGAAUUCUCUCUCUUUCUCCCUCCCUCUCUAUUCACCUCUCUGUCUCCCUCCCUCUCUAUUCACCUCUCUUUCUCCCUCCCUCUAUUCACCUCUCUUUCUCCCUCCCUCUAUUCACCUCUCUUUCUCCCUCCCUCUCUAUUCACCUCUCUUUCUCCCUCCCUCUCUAUUCACCUCUCUUUCUCCCUCCCUCUCUAUUCACCUCUCUUUCUCCCUCCCUCUCUAUUCACCUCUCUUUCUCCCUCCCUCUAUUCACCUCUCUUUCUCCCUCCCUCUCUAUUCACCUCUCUUUCUCCCUCCCUCUCUAUUCACCUCUCUUUCUCCCUCCCUCUCUAUUCACCUCUCUGUCUCCCUCCCUCUCUAUUCACCUCUCUGUCUCCCUCCCUCUCUAUUCACCUCUCUUUCUCCCUCCCUCUCUAUUCACCUCUCUUUCUCCCUCCCUCUAUUCACCUCUCUUUCUCCCUCCCUCUCUAUUCAACUCUCUUUCUCCCUCCCUCUCUAUUCACCUCUCUGUCUCCCUCCCUCUCUAUUCAUCUCUCUGUCUCCCUCCCUCUCUAUUCACCUCUCUUUCUCCCUCCCUCUCUAUUCACCUCUCUUGUUCCCUCCCUCUCUAUUCACCUCUCUUGUUCCCUCCCUCUCUAUUCACCUCUCUGUCUCCCUCCCUCUCUAUUCACCUCUCUGUCUCCCUCCCUCUCUAUUCACCUCUCUUUCUCCCUCCCUCUCUCUGUCUUUAUCUCUCCUCUAUUGUUGGCCAAAAAGAAAGGAUUAGUGCCAGUCUCCUUUCGUGAGUUAGAAGAAAGGGAACAUAAGUCGACAAGACACAUUAAGGAAAAGCAUAAUUAUUUUAAAAUGCCCUUAAAGGGAUAAAAAUGUUAAAAUGUCUUAAAGAGAAACAAAUGAGUGAAAGGAAAGUAAUGAAUAAGGAAAAAUACAUGAUGGAUAUUUUUCUGAAUGCCAAGAACACACACACACACACACACACACACACACACACACACACACACACACACACACACACACACACACACACACACACACACACACACACACACACACACACACACACACACACACACAUACAUACAUACAUACAUAUCUCUGAAUUCUUUAUUUGUAUAAAAAUGUAAACAGUAAGAUAACUUAAAUGAAUCUUUUAAGAAAUUGAGAAAACAAACAGUUGACUAUUGAAAGCAUUAUGAAGCUACUAUACUAACACAUUAUUAGCCUAGAGGUACAAAAACAAACAAACUAGUGUCCAGUGAUCAAAACAAAAAAGAAAAGAUGAAAAAAAAAAUCAUUUGUCUUUAUGAAAUACCUGCGGUAUUAUAGAUUUUUUUAUUAAUUCUUGUUAUUAUUUGGACCAUUAUGAUUGUUAUUAUUAUUACUGUUAUGAUUAUUGUAAAUGUUAUAACUGUACACCUCCCAUGUUUGUUGUUUUUGGUUAUUCUAUAGAAACUGCUGUCUUUCCACUUCUCUGACUCUGUCUCUCUAGUUCUCUCUAGUUCUUUCUAUCUUUGUCUCCUGUGUCUAUUUGUCUCUUCUUCUCGUCUUUCACUACUGUUUAUUUUAUAGUCAUGUUGAUAUAGCUAACUAUUUCUUUAUAGGGGAAAGAUACAAAGCACGACAAAAUAAAAAAUACUUCAAAAAUAA